CCCACUAGGGGCAGUGCCGGGCACCACAACACCAUUGGACCGCGAGCCGUUUCUAUGACAACCGAGAAGCCCUCGGCGGGGGAGAUGAAGAGCGCGAUGGAGGGUGACGCCAGACGGGCCAAUCAGGGCUCGGAGGACUACGGGGACCUGGACGACAGCUCGGACCAGACCCCCAGCAAGGCCUCCAAGUCCCCCCAGAAGAGCUCCUCCAAGAGGCCCAAGACGGUCCCGGUGAAGGUCAACCUGCUGGACGGCUCGCAGUACGAGACGGGCGUGGAGAAGUUUGCCAAGGGCCAGAUGCUGCUGGACAUGGUGUGUGGUCAUCUGAACCUUCUGGAGCGGGACUACUUCGGCCUGAUGUACCAGGACACAGACAACACCAAGAACUGGCUGGAUCCCUCCAAGGAGAUUAAGAAACAACUCCGGGUCGGGUCCUGGCGGCUGGGCUUCUCAGUCAAGUUCUACCCCGCGGACCCCUCCAUCCUGAUCGAGGACAUCACGCGGUACUACCUGUGCCUGCAGCUGAGGGACGACAUCCUCUCCGGGCGCCUGCCCUGCUCCUUCGUCACCCACGCCCUGCUGGGCUCCUACACCGUGCAGGCGGAGCUGGGCGACUACGAGGCCGACGACCACGGCCCCGACUACGUCAGCGACUUCCGCUUCGCCCCCAACCAGACGAGGGAGCUGGAGGAGCGGGUGAUGGAGCUGCACCACAACUACAGGGGCAUGAGCCCGGCUGAGGCUGAGAUGAACUUCCUGGAGAACGCCAAGAAGCUGUCCAUGUACGGCGUCGACCUCCACCACGCCAAGGACUCAGAGGGCAUCGACAUCAUGCUGGGCGUGAGCGCCAACGGCCUGCUGAUCUACCGGGACCGGCUCCGCAUCAACCGCUUCGCCUGGCCCAAGAUCCUGAAGAUCUCGUACAAGCGCAGCAACUUCUACAUCAAGAUCCGCCCGGGAGAGUACGAACAGUUUGAGAGCACCAUAGGCUUCAAGCUGCCACACCACAGAGCGUCCAAGCGCCUGUGGAAGGUCUGCAUUGAGAACCACACCUUCUUCAGGCUGGUGUCCCCCGAGCCCCCGCCAAAGGGCUUCCUGGUGAUCGGCUCAAAGUUCCGGUACAGCGGGCGCACCCAGGCGCAGACCCGGCAGGCCAGCGCGCUCAUCGACCGGCCCGCGCCGCAGUUCGACCGCUCCGUCAGCAAGAGAUACCAGCUGCCCCGCGGCCUGGACGGAGCCUCAGCCCUGGGUGACAGCAUGGACCAGCUGUCCCAGCGGAGCUCCAGCGACCGGACCCAGUUCAUGUCCAGAGAGGACCUGGACCAGGAGGGCAGUCUGGACCUGGACCAGGAGCAGUACCACUACCAGGACCAGGACCAGCAGUACCCGUACCAGGGCCAGGGCCUGGAGUCCCCCGGGGACCUGGACGGGGGUCCGCAGGCCAACCGGGCCCUGGAGUACAAGGGUGAGGAGGCGAGCUCACCCGCAGACCAAAAGCCAGAGCAGCAGUUCCUGGACAAGCCGGAGGACGUUCUGCAGAAGCACCAGGCCAGCAUCAACGAGCUGAAGAGGGCCCUGCGUCAGCCCAACAGCAAGCUCAGCCAGCGGGAGAAGAGGCUCUCCUCCAGCACCCCCCCCCCCGGGGGGACCCCCGAGAGGAAGCAGGAGACUCCGCCCACCCCGUCCAUCCAGGAGGAGCCGUUCAAGGAGACCUCGCGGGAGCAGUGGGAGCGCCGUCUGGGCUCGGCGUCGGAGGACGACCCCGACCAGGAGUCCCUCUACCUGAAGGAGGCGCACCUGGGCAUCGAGCGCAAGUGCUCCAGCAUCACGGUGAGCUCCACGUCGUCCCUGGAGGCGGAGGUGGACUUCACCGUGCUCACCGACCUGCACUCCGGCAUGGAGGAGUUCUCCCGCGGCAUGACGGAGCUGGGCGAGCGCGACCUGUCGCCAGACGGCGGGCUGCGCAUGGGCAUCGACCUGUUCCAGCACCAGCAGCAGUACCAGCAGCAGCUGCAGCACCACCCCCCGCCGCCGCCGCCGCAGCACCACCACCACCAGCAGCACCAUCAGCAGCACCGUCAGAGCCCCCCGCAGGAGGCCGUCCCCGGCAGCAGCCCCCCGGCGGCCAAGCACCCCCCCGCGCCGACUCCACAGAUGCGACCGGAGGUCAAGCGACAUGAUGGACAGCCCGUCGUUCCCAAGAAGCCAAAGAGGUCAGUGCCCGUGUCGUCGUCGAUGGACAGGGACAGAGACCAAUCGCACAGAGACGUGGGUCGUGGCCCCGCCCCCACGGCACUGAGCAGGGAGGUCAGCGAUGUCAUGGCUCCGCCCACCAUGAGGAGGACGGACGUACGGACCGAGAUGCAGCCCAACGGGUCCGAGGUCACCACCACCAUCGUCGAGUUCACCGAUCAGGAUCACGGUCUGUGUAGCCUGGGAGAUGUUCCUUAUUCUACAAGAGAGAGUGUUUCCCCGGUGCACAUGGGGAGUCUGGGGAGGGAUUCAUCGGGCUCCCCCAUCCUGUUCGCCGAGAACGUCACCUCCGCCACCACUCAGGUUACCAAGACGGUGAAGGGAGGCUACUCAGAGACGCGGAUCGAGAAGCGGAUUAUCAUCACGGGGGACGAUGACGUGGAUCAGGAGCAGGCCUUGGCGAUCGCGAUCCAAGAAGCCAAGCAACAGCAUCCCGACAUGCUGGUCACCAAGGCGAUCGUUGUCAGGGAAACGGAGUCCUCCAGCGACGAGAAGCACCGAAUGUCUAAGUGUUGA